GCCGCCAAUUGUCGCUCUGAUCCCCGGGCUUCACCUCCCUCACUCUCUUUAUCUGGUCCUUCUUUCUUCCUUCUUAUCGUUUUUCUCUCUCCACCCCCCUCCCCCCAUCCUCCCCGUCAUGUUUCGUCCCGCGUCCAGAGCGCUCCUCCGCGCUCCGACUGUCGCAGUUCGUGGCCCGGCCACCAAGCGAUUGAUAAGCACCGGUCCCGCCGAGACCAAGUCGAGGAGUUGGAAGAAUACCGCUAUCCGGUUGGGGUUGGCUGUUGGCGCUGUAUACUACUAUAACACGAGCAGUGUGUUUGCGGAUCAGCCGUCGUUCUCCUUCCACCGUCAACCCCAGGCCGAUUCCGAGCCCUCCUCCCCCCCAACCCUCGACUCCAUCACGCCUCGCAUCCGCGAAGAAAGACAACAGCAGAAGCCCGCCCGUGCGCCCGCCGAUGGCAGCAAUGCCGUGAAGUCGGCCGAGGAGCUCGAGGAGGAGGCCGGCCAAGAAGCCGCCUUCAACCCCGAGACCGGCGAGAUCAACUGGGACUGCCCCUGCCUCGGCGGCAUGGCGCACGGCCCGUGUGGAGAGGAGUUCAAGGCGGCCUUCAGCUGCUUUGUCUACUCGCAGGAGGAUCCCAAGGGAAUUGAGUGCAUUGACAAGUUCAAGGGCAUGCAAGACUGCUUCCGGGCGCAUCCUGACGUGUACGGUGCCGAGCUCGAAGACGACGACGAGGCUCCCCAGGCCCAAGCCGAAGCCGAAGCCGAAGCCCCUGCCGCAGCCGCCUCCGCAGCCGCCAUUGAAGCGCCCAUAACCGCAAACGAGAUCGAGGCUGCCUCUGCACCCGAAGAGAAGCGCACCGAGGCCCGCGAGGUCCUCUCCCAGGUGAAGACCGAUGCCGCUGUGCAAGGCGAGCUGGCUGAGAGCGACAACCUGAUGCCCAAGGCCUGGCACGACACCGAGAGCAAGAACGACAACCCGCCGGAGAAAUAGAGAAACCUAGCCCACAUUCGUUGGCAUAAUCUUAGAAGCGAAGAAGAAAAAAGGAAAGUCUGUGGACGGGUAAAAUUAUAGGGGACGAUAAUCCAUCACUGCUGCGUGUUGUAUGAUCAAUGAGAUAAACCUUGUUUGAUUUGAUAUAAGUCGGGACUCGAAAGGUCAGUCGCGCUCUUUGUAUAGUGGAAUUAUAUACCCUCCAUCUUUUUUUCUUUACCCCUAUGCUUGAGGUCUUGAGGUCUUUCAUGUCAUUUACACUGUCUCCAAGACCCUAUUGAUCGUCCUGGCUUUUUCUCCCCACAUCUCCUUCAUUUCAAUGUCUUUUCUUACUUACUCUUGUUUGUUCUUUUCCAGCAUCCACUCCAUUCCCACUUUGCCCUGCCCUUGCACACCUGUGUGGCCUUUGCCUUUUGCCUUUCCCCUCGCUUCUCCACUAUCAUGUAACUUAGUGUACUUGUAGGUCGUGGCAUUCCGGAGAAGAUAGAAAUAGAUCUGUUCUUUU